AUGAUCCUAAAAGAAGGCCAACCCACAUCCCCUCCAAAGUGCGUCAAGGGAGUCCUUGCCGGCAGAGCCAAGAUUUGCUUUGGGAGGAAUUUUGAGAGUUCUCUAGCCGUGCAACAAGUAGUGGAGACAAAACCCCCAGCCCAGAGAGAGCGCCAGGUAACAGAUAAGCCACCCCCCGCCCCCGCCCCGGAAAGCUGCGGAUUCGGCUGGGCGCUUCAAGCGGGCGCCCGCACUAACAACGCCGCAGGCGCCUGCAUCAGAGUAAUAACAACCCUGCAAGAGUCUCCUGUGCCUCUGACUCUUUCCGCUCUUUUUCUGCUCCGGGGCGCGUUUCCUUCGAGCCGCUCGCGAGCCUUUGGCCUGCGUUUCACCCUCACCCGCCCAAUCAUCUCCAAAAAAUGCAGUACGGUCCCAAAAAAGAGCCGCGCCUUGGGGGAGGUGGGGGUGUUGGAGAGGCUGCGGAAGAUGACUGGAUACCCAGGGUUCUUAGCUGGGCUCCUGCGGCGAAGCCUGCACCAGGGACCGAGCGCAGCACACUGA